CACCCUGCUUUCAGUCCCCAGCUGGAGCAAGUGACAGCAGCGUCAGAGAGCUGGUGGAGCAGCUGCUGAACUCUCACUGUUUAGGUGAACUAUCCCAUUGAAGCGGGACAUCUGACCACCUGUGAAACAUGGACGACGCGUCCCAAGCCGAGCGCAGCAGCGUCUCCAGCGCCUCCAACACCACCCCGCAGCAGCAGCAGCAGCAGCCCGAAAGCACCGAGGUUCUCAUCCCGAGCUUCGCCCCGUCGUCCGUCCCCUCCUCCCCGACCCCGAGCAGCACCCUCACCCGGCUGGGCCUCAAGAGCCCGACCGCGGCCGCGCCGAGCAGCCCCGUCGACCGCGGCCAGGUGAGCGCCAUCACCGUGGUGGCGCUGCUGGACAAGCUGGUCAACAUGCUGGAGGCGGUGCAGACGAACCAGCAGCGGAUGGAGCAGCGGCAGACCAACCUGGAGGACGCCGUGCGGGUCGUGCAGGGGGACGUGACCCGCCUGUCCAAGACCCACGUCAGCACCUCCAACAGCGUCAGCAAGCUGCUGGAGAACUCCCGCAAAGUCAGCGGGCACCUGAAGGAUGUCCGCGGGUGCAUGGCCAAGCAGGCGGUGCAGGUGAAGCAGCUGGAGGCAAAUCACAGCCACCUGCUGAAGAGGAACCACUUUAAAGUGAUCAUCUUCCAGGAAGACAAUGAGAUCCCCACCAGCGUGGCAGUCAAGGACUCCCGCAGGACCCCACAACCAAGCCAGUAUGAUGCAGAAUCCACCCUGGCUACUGCAUCUGUCACUGGCUCUGUUGAUGGCACCCAGGGCCAUGAGGGUCUUCACACCAUUAGCACGUCCUCCCAUGAAGAUGAUGAUCUUUGCGUGCACCGAGAGGAGGAGGAGGAAGACCUGGAUUGCGAGGGCGCAUUGAGCCCUUCCCUCUCAUAUGAGACAAGGGCCGACAAGUUCAAGCGCUCCAGCCUGAAGAAGGUUGAUAGCCUGAAGAAGGCCUUCUCGCGCCAGAGCAUCGAGAAGAAGGUGACCCAGAUCACCACCAAGAUUGUGCCACCGGAGAAGCGUGAGAAAAUCAAGAAGAGCUUCACCCCCAACCAUCCUAAGAGUCCGACUGCCAAGAGCUCCUCUUUCAAGGUGUCUCCCAUGACUUUCAAUGUGAAGAAGGUCAGAGAUGGGGAGGCCACACCAGAUAUGGGCUCACCUGUGGAAGAAGCCCAUGUGGAGAUUCCUGCCUUCGAUUGCUCGGAUGAAGGCAGUCCCUUGGCAGAGGUGCAUGCCCAGGAAGGUUUGUCUCUGGAGGUGCAUAGUCCUUCUGCCCCAGAGAGCAUAAAUGCAGAGCCUGAGGUAAAUGGAGAGGCACCAAGCCUUGAUGUCCAGAUCAAUGGUGAUCACUUUGCUGUCUUGGCAGUUCCAGAGAAUGAUGAAGAUGUUGGCGAGGAGGAGGAAGAAGAGGAGGAAGAAAAGGAGAAAGACAAAAGCCCUGUUGAGGCAGCAGCAGAUGCCCAGAUUCCAGUAGAAACGAUUGCUGUAGAACAAGUGUCUUAAUAUGAUUUGAUUUUAGUGAGCAUCAAUUGUAAUUUCUUAUUCUUUCUUUUCUCUCUUGAAGUUUUAUGAACACCCCACAGACACAAAUUAUCCCUCCACUGUAAACAGUCCUGUGUUCUCAUCAUAAACACUAGAAACAUACUCUCGGCCUCUGAAGGUAGUCCAUCCAUUGGACCAUUUCUGCAUCAAUACCUUUGAUUGUCACCAACAGAGUCUAAAAACGUCAGCAGAAACUGCCCAAGCACCUCGACCUCACAGUGUCUCGAAUCAGAAUUCAAUGCAAGUGCUUUCUUACUCUAUAGCAGAGCUGUCCAAAGAAAGCAACAUUGCAGCAAUGAACUAUAGUUCACUCCCAUCAACUGGUGCCCGCCCCUCAAUAACCGCACAUCUCCAGGGCGCUGGGCCAACUAUCUCCCUCCUGCUGUGUUUGUCUGCCUCUGGAGCUCUUUUCCUCACUGACAGAUAGCCUCUUUGUUCAUUGUGUUUUUUGUGAAAAAUAGUAAAUCUUUGGCAGCAGUGGUACUGCCCACAGCCUGUUGAGGCAGGGUGUUGCCAGGUUGUGCUAGCGUUAGAAUGGGGAGUUUCAGGGUUUUCAGUGAAAAGGUCCUGGGGUGUUUUGUAGUGAACUAGAGGUUGUUUACUGAAUUCUUUGGCCCUGUGCUGAAAAAAACCCAGAUCUUAACUAACAGGUUACUAUACUUCAGCAGUCCUAGUGGCUCUGUCUUGUCUCCUGUCCUUCAUCUGUGAUUGUUAUAGUUAGAUCCAAUUCAUCAUGUCUGGCAUUGAUGGCCUACCUUGUACACCAGACGAGUUGUAUGUGGUACAUCAAAAUAUUUUAGUAAUUUGUGAUUGCCAGUUGAGUAAAUGACAAUAAAUCUCCAUGUGCUGAAAAACAAAAUGUCUUGAGAAUCGCACAAUCAAUCAAUACUGUAAGAAUGGUAAGAUAAAAUUGUUUGGAAAUAUCAGUUAACAUGCUUUGUGCUCAAUCACAGUGAUACAAAUGAAGGACAUAAUUGCAGGAUAGAAGCUGCUCUAGAUGGAAAGAAAAACUAAUUGCUGACAAAAAGAGCGUUUUAACACUGACAUACUAAAUGUCCCUUUUGUAGCCCUUUGUCUUUUCUGCAGGGCUACUUUGUUUAUGUACAGGAAUCAUUCUGUUUUACAUAAGGCACACCACUCUGGGUAUUUUCAGCUUAUACACCAUAAAUCAGUACUUUAUGAUAACUACCUUAAGUGUGUGUACUUUAUACCGUAAAUGUAUCUGUAUCUAAGUUAUGAUAUGAUACGUGGGUGUUUGUAAGUCAUCUUUCUCUUACAGGCGUCCGAAACGUGCAUGGUAAAGUGUUUACUCAGUUGUUUAAGAUAUAAACACUAUCUUAUACAUUUGCCAGGGUGUCAUCACUAAAUCCCUUUACUUUGCACAAGCUAGUGUGAGUAAUUGCAGUCCUAAGGGGAUGGAUUCCUAUGUUUUUGUUGAUAAGAGUAAAGUAAAACAUCCUCUCUUCUGAGGAAUUCCUUUGCAGCCAUCACUUUAUGGGGCAUAGUCAAAGCCUGGUACCAACUACAUAAAGAAAAGUUCGAAGAUGGUGCAGACACAUCCGCAAUAAACUUCAUAUUUGGAAGUCAUGUCUGAAAGUUUCUAGAAAGUGACCUUCCUCUUGUUGCACAUUGAUUGACCAGCCUAGUUUACAGAUGUGUCAUAUCCAAUGCCAUGACUCCCCAAAAAUAAUUUAGCGAGUGAUACCAGGUGCCAAGGAUCCAGAUACUAGAGAGGUCACAGAAGUGGAUAAAGGCAGAAGACAGCAUUCCUAGGUUUGACGGAUGACUCCAGCUCAGCCCAUUUUUCAUGCUCUUGGCCUCCUUGUUGAGACAGUGCAAAGAGAGGAAGAGGCUCUCUGGAGCCACAGGUGUUCUGCCCCUGUAGAGGCUCCUGGGCUUGAGCUUGUAGAGGAAGGGGGACAGGUGUGGGUGUUGGGAAGUUUGGGAAAGGAUGAUAAAAGUUGCCUUGGGGUUGCACAUAAAGUUGGCAGAAAGGUAUUAAAAUUGUGUGAGUUGGAAAUGCAUUAGAGCAUGGGAACGGAAAUAUCUCGCAGGGGGUAUGCAUACCAUUAUCUGACCUAUACCCGACUACACAACUACAUUCAUUGUACUGCCUCUCGAUGAGAGACAGCACUGGAUUCUUAACUUCUUUAAGUCAAAAUAUGGUGCCCCAAAUAUUUUGAUAUCUUAACUAUGCAAAAAAAAUCACUAUCAUACUUCACUGAGGUCUGGUUAACACAGGAGAAAAGCUGUGCAGUAGUUCACUUAAAGCCUUAAAGUUCUUCACGCCUUAUAAAACUUAACCUUUGUUCGGUGGGAAUUUUCAGUAAAUAAAUAAUUUGACGUAAAUGAUUUUAAUUAGCUUGUUACCUGUGUUUAUUAAAUGUGCUUAGUCAUUCUACAGAUUUUUUUUCUUUUUAAUUCUUUUGUAUAAAAUAACUUACUGAAAAGGGAUUUGAACAUCAGGCUUGUGUAUACAUUCUGUGUACUGUAGAGGUUCAAAUACGACUGGCUCUGAGGUAUUUUCUGUUCAUUAAUGCAAACGUGUUAGUUUGGUGAUAUCUCUGUCUGCUAAUGUUAAAACAUGUAUCUUAUUUCUUAAUCACUUAUGUCUUGUGGAUCAUGUGUAAGAUUUUUUUUUGUUAGAGCGUUGAAACACCAGGUUUCAACAGCAUAUUAGUGAUAUUGUGUUUACAAAGUUUUCACUUCAUGGCCUGUUCCUUUAGUUAAUCACUUAAACCAAAGAAGCGUCCUUCACAGCAGAAGAUCCCACUUAAGUGUUUAAAUGUACUCCUCUUGACACUUGUUUCAAACAUCUUGUAAACAUGCCGACAUUUUCUUUCAAAAUUUAGUAUUGUAUACAUCAAUAAAGAUUUUAUAACAUUCA